UCGACCGUUCUCGCCGACUGUCGAACCCCACAAGUCGGCUUAGAAAUAAGAAGAACUUUAAGAAAUUAUCACAUUCACUCCUAAGUUAAGUCUCGAUAUAGGAUAGUCAAAAUGAAGCAAGUACUUUUGUCGGCAGUCACUCUCGUAUGUCUUGCAGCCAUCUUAGAUUCAGCCGAAUCUAGGACGAUUGUUAAAAGAGGAAUAAAUCCAAUAGACUCAGAACAACUGGAGGAAAUGACUGAUCAUGGUAUCAACAGAGACAAAAGGAAAGUGGAAGUAGUAACAGGAGUGAAAAAUGCCGUAAUAGGAUUUGUUUUCAAUAAAAUAAACUCCUUCAUCGACCAGAAGACCGCUUGGAUCGACCAGUUGGAUAAAACAAACAUUGCCAAAAAUGCCGCACACAAUAUUGUACCCCCCGCAGAUCCCGUUGUAUCUCUAUCUUCGGUCAUUUCGGGAGCUAUUGGAAAUGUCUUACAAGCUUCAGGUCCUGUGCUCAACAUAGUCACAAAUAAACUGGGUAGUGGAAGUUCAAGCGGUGGUCACACAGGGUUCAGUUUUGGCGCCCUUCUCAACAAAGGAUUUGGAAGCAGUCACGGUUCCGGUGGCGCUGCUAUUUAAGUAAAUUCGAAGUCCAGUGAUUUUUAACCAACAUAAAUGAUUGAUGAAAUGAAAGCAGAAUUUAUUUAUUUGUGCAAGAGUAGUUUUGCCAUAUUUUUUGCUCAAGUAGUUAUACUCAAACAUUCGGAAAGUUUUCGGUUAUUUUGUCAGUUAGUUCAGUGAAACUGCUUUCUAUGUUGUUGGUCAUUGAUUUUCCUGAAUUGCUGACAAAUUUUUGACAGAUUACUUUUUCUUAAACAUUUACACCAUUUCACUGAUUGGUCAAAUCGUAGUUCAGUAACCAAUAUUUUGAGGUCAUGACAUUUCAGACUAUAUUAUAUUUUUUCUCUUUGUGUGACUACCGUGAAAACUAUUAUAAAUUCACUUAUCGUCCAGUCUAUAAAUCACCUUCAGUUAUUCUAGAGAGGUCAUUCCCAAAAUAUUUUGAACUAUUAUUAACUUGAGAGCUCGUAUUAAUUACAAGGUUAACAUGAAUUUCAAUCAAAUGUCCAUCAUUAUGUUAUGUAACUGCUUAAAAAACACCAAACAAAUAGCUUUCACUCAAAACCUAGUUUUUGCUGUUGUAAUCUGUCAUUUUCUUCGGUACCUUGACCUGUUCCAAGCUCGAGCACCGAAUAUUGAAAAGACCUAUUAGACUUCGGAUCUGUUUUAAUUUAUUGUUCACAAAUUUGAAUUUUUAGGUAUAUGUUAGUAAUACCAUUCUGUGUUUUUUUUUUGGUAUUUUGUUUGUAAUAUUUUUUAUGUUCUGUAUGAAAUUUGGCUGUAUAUCAUAUUACUUUUGUAGAUUUUGUAUAUAAAAGUUGAAUAAAAAUGAUAUUAUAAAAUU